AUUUUUUAAAAAGAAAAACAAAAAAAGUUAAAAUAAAAUUAGGGGAGGCCAAACUGCUGUGUCUGUAGAACAGUCUUUAAUCGGUGAUACCCAAUAGUAGAAUCGAAGUCUCUGCAACUAACAACCAAUUCUCUCCAUGGCGCUUUCUGGCUCUCGUGAUGCUUGCCCCAUGGUAAAGAACAUUCUUCUGCUAGACUCUGAAGGGAAGCGUGUGGCUGUCAAAUACUACUCAGAUGAUUGGCCAACCAAUAAUGCAAAGUUAGCUUUUGAAAAAUCAUUGUUUGCUAAGACUAUGAAAUCAAAUGCCCGGACAGAAGCGGAGAUAACGAUGUUUGACAACUACAUUGUUGUAUAUAAAUUUGUUCAAGACCUCCACUUCUUUGUGACUGGUGGUGAUGAUGAAAACGAACUCAUCUUAGCUUCUGUUCUUCAAGGUUUCUUUGAUUCAGUUUCUCUUCUCUUGAGGAGUACUGUUGACAAGAGGGAGGCACUUGAGAACUUGGAUCUCAUCUUUUUAUGCCUUGAUGAGAUAGUUGAAAAAGGGAUGAUACUUGAAACAGAUGCCAAUGUUAUUGCAGGAAAGGUGGCAGUAAAUAGCAUGGAUCCUAGUGCACCUUUGUCUGAACAGACAAUAAGCCAAGCACUGGCUACAGCACGCGAACACUUGACAAGAACCCUCUUUCAGUAGGGCUGCUAUGGUCGCACGAAGAAAAUGGCUUGGAUUUCAUUCUUUAGUCAAUUUUUGGUUUUCAGCAUGUUGUCAUGUAGGAAUUCAUCUUCAUCCAAUUUAUUUUUGUUGAGCUUAAAAUUAGGGAGGAUAAUACCAUUUUCAUUUGGGCUUGUUUUGGUUUACCCAAUCAAUAAUACCUUUUUUUGCUUGUCUUCAAUUGUUGUAUGGGUUUCUAAAGUAUUUGUUU